AUGACGCGUUUGGGAACACCACCGUGGCAUUUGUUUCACUCGGACGAAUUGCUGGGUCCUGAUACCUUUGCCCACUAUUUCACCGAUUUGGAAUGGGAAGAUAUGAAAGAUGCAAAGGAAUGGUUUAUAGACAAGGGAAUAGAGAUCAAAUACAUAUUAGUUGUAGGUCGUCGUUCAAGUCAUGAUCGUUUGGAAUUGGAUUGCGAGAGAGACGGAAAGCAAGAAAGUCAUUGGGCAAAGGACAGACCAUACGUGAAGAAGACGACAAGGGAAUACAUUACUAAAUCAAAGAAUUUUGGAUGCCUGUUUAAGAUUAUAGUUAAUAGACCUAAUGGUAAGGUAUACAAGAUCUAUAAAAUGAUGAAUGGUUGUCAUAAUCAUGAUGACCCAGAUUCUCUUAUUGGACAUGCUGCCGUUUAUGGGUUGAAACCACAUCAAUUGGAAAAGGUAAGGUCGAUGAAAGCAUGUAAACCAAGUGACAUCCUUAGGAAUAUUAAGGAGGAUGAUAAGAAUAACUUUUCCACUUUAAGGAAAAUUUACGCGGCAAGAGCAGCCUUUAAGAGGAGCGAAUGGGAUGGUAGAGCGGUUAUUAAACAAUCUCAGUGGUAG